AUGCUGACCAGUCUCUUUCUUUUCCCUCAUUUUAAUAUCUAUCGCAUUCUCUUCAUCAUCUAUCUCGUUUUUCAUUCUAGCAUAUGUAAAUAUCUAUUUAAUUCUCUUCAUUAUCUAUCUAUCUAUCUAUCUAUCUAUCUAAUUUUCUUUAUUAUCUAUCUGUCUAUCUCAUAUUUUUUAUCUACCUAUCUUUUCAUAUAUCUCAUUUCCUUCAUUUAUUUAUCCAAUUUUCUCCAUUAUCUAUCUAUCUAUCCAUCUAUCUAUCUAUCUAUCUAUCUAUCUAUCUAUCUAUCUAUCUAUCUAUCUAUUUGGGUAAGCAUAUGUAAAUAUAAAUAUCUAUCUAUCUAUCUCAUUUUAUUCAUUAUCUAUCUAUCUAUCUAUCUAUCUAUCUAUCUAUCUAAACCAUUCUGUUCUUUAUAUCUAUCUAUUCUUUUCUUUAUCUCCAUCUCCCCCCCUCUCUCUCUCACUCUCUCUCUCUCUCUAUCUAUCUAUCUAUCUAUCUAUCUCAUUUUCUUCAUUAUCUAUCUAUCUAUCUAUCUAUCUAUCUAUCUAUCUAUCUAUCUAAACCAUUCUGUUCUUUAUAUCUAUCUAUGUAAACCAGUCUUUUCUUUAUCUCUAUCUCCCUCUCUCUCUCUCACUCUAUCUAUCUAUCUAUCUAUCUAUCUAUCUAUCUAUCUAUCUAUCUAUCUAUCUAUCUAUCUAUCUCACUUUCUACACUUUAAUUUCUAUCUAUCUCAAUAUGUUCUUGUUAAUCUCUAUAUGUCUAUAUCUAUCUAUGGUUGUUUGUUGUCAUCUAUCUAUCUAUUUUUCACAGGCUGUUCAUAUCAAUCAAUUUAUGAAUGUCUGUAUUUCCAAAUCUAUCUAUCUAUCUAUCUAUCUAUCUAUCUAUCUAUCUAUCUAUCUAUCUAUCUAUCUAUCCCAAACUCUUCAUAUUUAUCUAUGCUAACCUCUUCAUUAUCUAUCUAUCUAUCUAUCUAUCUAUCUAUCUAUCUAUCUAUCUAUCUAUCUAUCUAUCUAUCUAUCUAUGCCUUGAGUGUCUUUUGGGCCUUAGUUUUCUUUGACAAAUUCUCUUCGUUUCUUUCCUUUAUAGCCCAUUCUUCUUCCAGACGCCCUUCUUCUAUCAUCAUUGGUCAGCCUUCACCUCUUUGCCCAACACGUCUUCCUUUCUACCACUGA